AUGGGGGCCGCGCGGCGCCGAGGAGGCGGGGCCGGCCGCUGGCGGAAUCCCGCUCUGCGCCGAGGCGCUCGGCAGAGGGCGCCGCUCGGUCCUCAGGCCCUCGCCGGCCGCGCCGAGGCCCUCGGGAGCAGCUCCCGGACGAGGCCAGCCGUCCCCAGUGGCCCCAGGACCUGGGCGUCGUCCGCCUACUCUCUCCAGCCUCGUGGGGAACCUUGGCCGCCGCCGGUGGAUCACUCCUGCUCCCAAGUGAGCCGCUCUGGGCGGCUGCGGGGUCACAGAAGGCGAACCCGAGGCGCUUGUCAAGAAGAGGGCAAAACUGAUUACUAUGCUCGGAAAUGCUUGGUGAUCCAGGACAAAAAUAAGUACAACACACCCAAAUACAGGAUGAUAGUUUGUGUAACUAACAGAGAUAUCAUUUGCCAGAUUGCUUAUGCCCGUAUAGAAGGGGAUAUGAUAGUCUGCGCAGCAUAUGCACAUGAACCACCAAAAUAUGGUGUGAAAGUUGGCCUAACAAAUUAUGCUGCAGCAUAUUGUACUGGCCUGCUGCUGGCCUAUAGGCUUCUCAAUAGAUUUGGUAUGGACAAGAUUUAUGAAGGCCAAGUGGAGGUGACUGGAGAUGAAUACAGUGUGGAAAGCGUUGAUGGUCAACCUGGUGCCUUCACCUGCUAUUUGGAUGCAGGCCUUGAUAGAACUACAACUGGCAAUAAAGUUUUUGGGGCCCUGAAGGGAGCUGUGGAUGGAGGCUUGUCUAUCCCCCAUAGUACCAAAGGAUUCCCUGAUUAUGAUUCUGAAAGCAAGCAGUUCAAUGCAGAAGUACAUCGGAAGCUAAUUAGCAUAACCAUCACCUUAUGCCAUUUAUAAUUCUUUGAUUCUUUCUUUGAUGAGACAGUUGAGAUCUACUCUCCUAGUAAAUAGUAGGUAAACACUACAGUUACAUUAUAGGAGCUUUUUUAUUCUCCAUAUUUGAAACUUUGUACCCUUUGACCAACAUCUCUCCAUUUCCUCCUUGCCCAAGCCCAGACACAGCCAUUCUACUCUGUACUUCUAAGGGUGUCUUGUUUAUAUCUAUAUAAGCACAUGAAUUUUUCUGGAAGAUAAUAAAUGUUCCUAAAUCAUACAUACUGUAUGUAAGCAUAUAUUUAUGUGCAACAAUGUGUUACCUAGAAAAUAAUUGUGUGGUAGAUAGCAAUAAUACAUGUUGUACACAAAUCCUCGACUCUUCCUAUUUGAUGUCUGCUUCUCAGAAGGACUAAAUUAUCAAGUCGAGUGAAUGACAAUUACCCUAACUUAAUUGGUGUGAGCCACAGCCUCUUUGAAUAUACAGCUCCUAUCCAUUUCUCUGUAACUGUGUCUGUGUGUACCUCUCCUCCUCAACAUUGUUUCACCAACCAAAAAGGAAUGUCCCUUCUUUGGGAAACUGUUUCUGUAUUACCUUGGUGGUAUAGAAACAGGUACUUUAACCUCUGCAGAAUUUGAACCUGUACAUUCUGAGAUAAUGUUAAGAAAAAUAUCAACUGUAGAUGAUACUAAGGUAAUUAUGAGUUAUCUAUAAUUUGGUAUCCCUAUUAUUACUGCUGUAUACUGCCCUGAUAGUGUUGCAGUUUCUGCAAGGAGGGAAUUAUGCAUGGGUUAACUUAUGAGGGUUUGCAAGAAGCUUUAAAAAAAGCCUGAUAUAGUUUAUAUACCUACUACCUCUUCAUAGGUAAAACAAAGUCUGAGCAUUUUGGCAGUGGUUAAUGGUGUGAUGUGAUCAGCAUUAGAUUAGAUACAUCUUCCUGUUUGAGAAUGUACUAGCAAAAUGUGAGAGCUCUUGGGGCAUUGCUGUAGAUGUGGGUUCAGCUGUUUUAGGAUUUGGGGCAAGCAUUUUAUUAUCAAUACUGACUGAAACAUUGCAGUGUGAUUGCAGAGAGAAAUGCACUGGCUUAAUUUUACCAAAAGAUCAAUAAAAUACGUGGGGAACAAACAAGGAGAUCUUCCUAGAUGUUGUCAAUGUCAGAGGUGAUACCAGGCUUCCAAGUUACUCAGUGUCUUCCUUGUUUUGCCUUCAUUAUUGUAGAUCAGGUGGGAACAACUAAAAUUUUAAAAAGAUAGUGGCAUCCCAAUUAUACAUUUCUCUUUUAUUAGUUAGGUGCUUAACUAUCACUGAAGUCUAGGGCAUGCUAAAGAUUUUCUUUUGUCUUGUGUUAACCCUGUGAGCAGAGCCCAUGUCCACUGAAAAAUCCCAAGAUCCAUAGAAAAGUAGAGAAGAUCCCAAGAACACAUUCCAUGAUCAGUAAUGUUUUGGUGUCCAAAUUUAUUUGUUAAUGAAUUGUUAGCAGGUGCUAUGGUUUGGGUCGUAAAUGUCUUCCCAAAGGCCCAUGUAUGAAAGGCUUGGUCCCCAGGCUGGCAGUGUUAGGAGCGAAAUAACAUUAUGAAAAUGGUCCCUAGUGAAGACCUUCUUGUCACUGCAGACAUACUCUUGAAGAAGAUUGUGGGACCCUUGUCUCUUCUUCUUCCUCUUUUGAUUCUUGGCUUGAUUACAGCAGUUUGCUCUGCCAGGCAUUCCCCAGCAUUGCCAUCUGGCACACCCACUAGGACCCAAAGCCUGAGGUUCUCCUGUUUGUUAAGUUGGAAACCCAUAAACUGUGAGCUCAAGCAGAUCUUUUCUCUUUAUAUGUUAAUUAUCUUCAGUGUUUUACUGUGGUGACAGAAAGAUGACUAACAUAGCAGGCUUAGUGAGGAAUUUAAAAAAAAGAAGUAAAGAAAGAAUAGCUAUUCUUUGAUUGUCCUACCAUGACCCCACAUCUUUUUAUUUUUUUUAAAUUUUUAUUGUUGGUUUUUCAAAACAUUACAUAGUUCUUGACAUAUCAUAUUUCACACAUUUGAUUCAAGUGGGUUAUGAACUCCCAUUUUUACCCCGUAUACAGAUUGCAGAAUCACAUCGAUUACACAUCCACUGAUUUACAUGUUACCAUACUAGUGUCUGUUGUAUUCUGCUGCCUUUCCUAUCCUCUACUAUCCCCCCUCCCCUCCCCUCCCCUCCCAUCUUCUCUCUCUACCCUAUCUACUGUAAUUCAUUUCUCCCCCUUGUAUUUUUUUCCCUUUCCCCCUCACUUCCUCUUGUAUGUAAUUUUGUAUAACCCUGAGGGUCUCUUUCCAUUUCCAUGCAGUUACCCUUCUCUCUCCCUUUCCCCUCCCACCUCUCAUCCCUGUUUAAUGUUAAUCUUCUUCUCCUGCUCUUCCUCCCUACUCUGUUCUUAGUUACUCUCCUUAUAUCAAAGAAGCCAUUUGGCAUUUGUUUUUUAGGGAUUGGCUAGCUUCACUUAGCAUAAUCUGAUCUAAUGCCAUCCAUUUCCCUGCAAAUUCCAUGAUUUUGUCAUUUUUUAAUGCAGCGUAAUACUCCAUUGUGUAUAAAUGCCACAUUUUUUUUUAUCCAUUCAUCUAUUGAAGGGCAUCUAGGUUGGUUCCUCAGUCUAGCUAUUGUGAAUUGUGCUGCUGUGAACAUCGAUGUAGCAGUGUCCCUGUAGUAUGCUCUUUUUUAGGUCUUUAGGGAAUAGAUCGAGAAGGGGAAUAGCUGGGUCAAAUGGUGGUUCCAUUCCCAGCUUUCCAAGAAAUCUCCAUACUGCUUUCCAAAUUGGCCGCACCAAUUUGCAGUCCCACCAGCAAUGUACAAGUGUACCCUUUUCCCCACAUCCUCGCCAGCACUUGUUGUUGUUUGACUUCAUAAUGGCUGCCAAUCUUACUGGGGUGAGAUGGUAUCUUAGGGUGGUUUUGAUUUGCAUUUCUCUGACUGCUAGAGAUGGUGAGCAUUUUUUCAUGUACUUGUUGAUUGAUUGUAUGUCCUCCUCUGUGAAGUGUCUGUUCAGGUCCUUGGCCCAUUUGUUGAUUGGGUUAUUUGUUUUCUUAUUGUUUAAUUUUUUGAGUUCUUUGUAUACUCUGGAUAUUAGGGCUCUAUCUGAAGUGUGAGGAGUAAAAAUUUGUUCCCAGGAUGUAGGCUCCCUAUUUACCUCUCUUAUUGUUUCUCUUGCUGAGAAAAAACUUUUUAGUUUGAGUAAGUCCCAUUUGUUGAUUCUAGUUAUUAACUCUUGUGCUAUGGGUGUCCUAUUGAGGAAUUUGGAGCCCCACCCCACAAUAUGUAGUUCGGAGCCAACUUUUUCUUCUAUCAGACAGCGUGUCUCUGAUUUGAUAUCAAGCUCCUUGAUCCAUUUUGAGUUAACUUUUGUGCAUGGCGAGAGAAAGGGAUUCAGUUUCAUUUUGUUGCAUAUGGAUUUCCAGUUUUCCCAGCACCAUUUGUUGAAGAUGCUAUCCUUCCUCCAUUGCAUGCUUUUAGCCCCUUUAUCAAAUAUAAGAUAGUUGUAGUUUUGUGGAUUGGUUUCUGUGUCCUCCAUUCUGUACCAUUGGUCCACCCGCCUGUUUUGGUACCAGUACCAUGCUGUUUUUGUUACUAUUGCUCUGUAGUAUAGUUUGAAGUCUGGUAUCCCUAUACCGCCUGAUUCACACUUCCUGCUCAGCAUUGUUUUUGCUAUUCUGGGUCUUUUGUUUUUCCAUAUGAAUUUCAUGAUUGCUUUCUCUAUUUCUACAAGAAAUGCCGUUGGGAUUUUGAUUGGCAUUGCAUUAAACCUAUAGAGAACUUUUGGUAAUAUCGCCAUUUUGAUGAUGUUAGUUCUGCCUAUCCAUGAACAGGGUAUAUUUUUCCAUCUUCUAGCAUCUUCUUCUAUUUCUCUCUUUAGGGUUCUGUAGUUUACAUUGUAUAAGUCUUUCACCUCUUUUGUUAGGUUGAUUCCCAAGUAUUUUAUUUUUUUUGAGGAUAUUGUGAAUGGAGUGGUUGUCCUCAUUUCCAUUUCAGAAGAUUUGUCACUGAUAUACAGGAAUGCCUUUGAUUUAUGCGUGUUGAUUUUAUAUCCUGCCACUUUGCUGAAUUCAUUUAUUAGCUCUAAUAGUUUCUUUGUAGACCCUUUUGGGUCUGCUAGGUAUAGAAUCAUGUCAACUGCAAAUAGUGAUAAUUUAAGUUCUGCUUUUCCUAUUUUUAUGAUUUUAAUAUCUUUCGUCUAUCUAAUUGCUCUGGCCAGUGGUGAGAGAGGGCAUCCCUGUCUUGUUCCAGAUUUUAGAGGGAAUGCCUUCAAUUUUUCUCCAUUCAGAAUGAUGCUAGCCUGAGGCUUAGCAUAGAUAGCUUUUACAAUAUUGAGGUAUGUUCCUGUUAUCCCUAGUUUUUCUAGAGUUUUGAACAUAAAGGGAUGCUGUACUUUGUCGAAUGCUUUUUCUGCAUCUAUCAAGAUGAUCAUAUGGUUCUUGUUUUUAAGUCUAUUGAUGUGGUGAAUAACAUUUAUGGAUUUACGUAUAUUGAACCAGCCUUGCAUCCCAGGGAUGAAUCCUACUUGAUCAUGAUGCACGAUCUUUUUGAUAUGUUUCUGUAUCCUAUUUGCCAGAAUUUUAUUGAGGAUUUUUGCAUCUAUGUUCAUUAGAGAUAUUGGUCUGUAGUUUUCUUUCUUUGAAGUGUCUUUGUCUGGUUUAGGAAUCGGUGAUGUUGGCCUCGUAGAAUGAAUUUGGAAGUUCUCCCUCUUUUUCUAUUUCCUGAAAUAGCUUGAAAAGUAUUGGUAUUAGUUCUUCUUUAAAGGUUUUGUAAAACUCUGCUGUGUACCCAUCCGGUCCUGGGCUUUUCUUAGUUGGUAGUCUUUUGAUGGCUUCUUCUAUUUCCUCAAUUGAUAUUGGUCUAUUUAGGUUGUGUAUAUCCUCCUGACUCAAUUUGGGCAGAUCAUAUGACUUAAGAAAUUUAUCGAUGCCUUCACUAUCUUCUAUUUUAUUGGAGUAUAAGGAUUCAAAAUAAUUUCUAAUUAUCUUCUGUAUUUCUGAAGUGUCUGUUGUGAUAUUGCCUUUUUCAUCCCGUAUGCUAGUAAUUUGAGUUCUCUCUCUUCUUCUCUUCGUUAGCAUGGCUAAGGUUCUGUUGAUCUUAUUUAUUUUUUUCAAAGAACCAACUUUUAGUUUUCUCAAUUUUUUCAAUUGUUUCUUUUAUUUCGAUUUCAUUGAUUUCAGCUCUGAUUUUAAUUAUUUCUUGCCUUCUACUUCUUUUGCUGUUAUUUUGCUCUUCUUUUUCUAGGAUUUUGAGAUGAAGUGUGAGAUCAUUUAUUUGUUGUUUUUUUUUCUUUUUUUAAGGAAUGAACUCCAAGCAAUGAAUUUUCCUCUUAGAACUGCUUUCAUUGUGUCGCAUAGAUUCCUAUAUGUUGUGUCUGUGUUUUCACUUAUCUCUAAGAAUUUUUUAAUUUCCUCCUUGAUGUCUUCUAUAAGCCAUUGAUCAUUCAGUAACCUAUUGUUCAUUCUCCAAGUGAUGCAUGAUUUUUCCUUCCUUCUUUUAUCGUUGAUAUCCAGUUUCAUUCCAUUAUGAUCAGAUAGGAUGCAUGGUAUUAUCUCUACUCCUUUAUAAUUUCUAAGAGUUGCCCUGUGACAUAAUAUAUGAUCUAUUUUUGAGAAGGAUCCAUGUGCUGCUGAGAAAAAAGUGUAACUGCUUGAUGUUGGGUGGUAUAUUCUAUAUAUGUCAAUUAAGUCUAGGUUAUUAAUUGCGUUAUUGAGUUCUAUGGUUUCUUUAUUCAACUUUUGUUUGGAAGGUCUGUCCAGUGGUGAGAGAGGUGUGUUGAAGUCUCCCAUAAUUAUUGUAUGGUGGUCUAUUAGACUCUUGAACUUGAGAAGAGUUUGUUUGAUGAACAUAGCUGCACCAUUGUUUGGGGCAUAUAUAUUUAUGAUUGUUAUGUCUUGUUGGUGUAUGGUUCCCUUGAGCAGUAUGUAGUGUCCCUCUUUAUCCCUUUUGAUUAACUUUGGCUUGAAAUCUAUUUUAUUUGAUAUGAGUAUGGACACUCCUGCUUGUUUCCGAAGUCUAUAUGAGUGAUAUGAUUUUUCCCAACCUUUCACCUUCAGCCUAUGUAUGUCUUUUCCUAUCAAAUGCGUCUCCUGUUGGCAGCAUAUUGUUGGAUCUUUUUUUUUUUUUUUUUUUUUGAUCCAUUCUACUAGCCUGUGUCUCUUAAUUGGUGAGUUUAAGCCAUUAACAUUUAGGGUUAUUAUUGAGAUAUGGGUUGUUCUUCCAGCCAUAUUUGUUUAUUUCUGUUACUAAACAUGGUUUGUUUUCCUCUUUGAUUAUUUCCCCCCUUUACUGUACUACCUCCCAUUGUUGGUUUUCAUUGUUAUUUUCCAUUUCCUCUUCCUGUAAUGUUUUGCUGAGGAUUUUUUGGAGAGAUGGUUUUCUAGCUGCAAAUUUUUUUAACUUUUGUUUAUCGUGGAAGGUUUUAAUUUCAUGUUCCAUCCUGAAGCUUAAUUUUGCUGGAUACAUAAUUCUUGGUUGGCACCCAUUUUCUUUCAGCGUUUGAAAAAUGUUGUUCCAGGAUCUUCUAGGUUUCAGAGUCUGUGUUGAAAGAUCAGCUGUUAUCCUGAUUGGUUUACCCCUAAAUGUAAUCUGCUUCCUUUCUCUUGUAGCUUUUAAGAUUCUCUCCUUAUUCUGUAUGUUAGGCAUCUUCAUUAUAAUGUGUCUAGGUGUGGGUCUCUUAUGAUUUUGCACAUUCGGCGUCCUGUAGGCUUCUAGGAUUUGGGAUUCUGUCUCAUUCUUCAAGUCUGGGAACUUUUCUUGUAUUAUUUCAUUGAAUAGAUUGCUCAUUCCUUUGGUUUGGAGCUCUGUACCUUCCUGUAUCCCAAUGACUCUUAAGUUUGGUCUCUUUAUGUUAUCCCAUAUUUCUUGGAUGUUCUGCUCAUGGUUUCUUAACAGUCUCGCUGAGCUGUCUAUGUUCUUUUUAAGUUGAAAUACUUUGUCUUCAUUGUCUGAUGUUCUAUCUUGUAAGUGUUCUACUCUGCUGGUAGUACUCUCAUUUGAGUUUUUAAUUUGUUUUAUUGCUUCCUGCAUUUCUAGGAUUUCUGUUUGUUUGUUUUUUUAUAACCUCUAUCUCCCUGUAUAGUUGAUCUUUUGCUUCUUGGAUUUGUUUAUGUAAUUCAUUGUUGAAGUGAUCUUUCAUUGUCUGAUUUUGCUGUCUAAUGUCUUCCUUGAGACUCCAGAUCAUCUGAAGCAUGUAUAUCCUGAAUUCUUUAUCUGCCAUUCCAUCUGCUGCAGAUAUUACCUCUUCUAAAGUUGAGUUGACCUGCAUUGUUUGUGGUCCUUUCUUACCUUGUCUUUUCAUACUGCUCGCGUUUCUUACUGCUUAGUGAAACUGUUGUGUUAUUGAAUUUUCCCCCUAUAUAUUUAUAUUGCUCUUGUAUAGUUGCAAACUCUCCCUUUUGUAGAGAAAGACAAUGUUAACAGUUCUGAAUAUCAAUAGUACAUCAUCUAAGCACACGGUUUCCUUAUUACUGCAUUUAUAGCUAGAUUCUAUGUCUACAAAUGUUGGUUUCGAUUAUCGUUUACAAAUAUAGUAAUUAGUUUCAUGAAAGGCAUACCUUUUCUGGUAGCUUGAAGAAAACUGAAUUUCAGGUGUAGGAUGUUAUGUUUAUGGGGAAAGGAGUGAGGGUAUGGGGUUAAUCUAACUUAGUAACUUUGGAGAGCUCUAACCAAUAGAUGGGUAAUUUAUGGAAGAAUGUAUAGAUUCAAAUUCCUAUCUGUAUUUAUAAGAUUACCCUACUUAUGAAUAGUAAAAUUUAGGGGGUUGCAAGUGGGAUAGAAGGAGUAACAGGGAGGAAAACAAAUAACAAGGAAAGGAAGAGAAAAAAGAGAGCGGGAAAAAGAAAAUACGAGAAAAAGGAAAAGAAAUAAAAAGGGGGAAGGGAGGUGGGGCAUGUGCAAUUCCUCUAUAGUAUAUUGUUCUGGUGAUUCAGUUGUUAAAGACCUUUUUCGUGCACAAUUUUUGGUUUUACAUAUGUUGAGGUUGCGAAGACCCGAGGGGGAAGGGUAGAGGAGACUGGGUGAAUGGCUGAAAAGAGAGAAGAGAGAAAACAAAAGAAAAAAAAAGAAAAAAAAAUGUCUCUCAGAACUCUGUUUUCUUUUCUUCCAGUUGGUGGCAUUGUCUAUUCCUGGCUUGAGUCUCUGGGUUCAGGAUGGUGGUGGUAGUCAGUGUGAGAGGACUUGAGCUUCCACCUGUGGCCUCUCUACUCUUAUUUUCUGAGAUGUAAACCAGGUUCCUGAUCCGUUGCAGAACCGCACUGGUAGCCACGCCAGUCAACCGGUUGGUGGGUUUUAUGGGUUGGUGGGAUUUUCCAAGAUGAGUUCCAUCAGUUUUUCUCAUAAGGUGUUUGAUGAGGUGGGGGUGUUGGGGAAACCUUACGUUUGUCAAGAGCUCAGUCAGGUGACCACACAGGCGGGCGGCAGGGCCCCUCCUCCAGUUGGAGUGGUCUGUGUACCACACCAGCAGGAGGCUGGGCUCCUCCGCCUGGGGAGGACUGUCUACUGUGCAGGUGGGCCGCUGGGCCUGUUCUCCAGGUCGCAGGUCUGCCUACCGUGCAGGCGCAGGCAGCGGCUGAGCCCCUCCUCCAAUUGGGGUGAUCUGUCUACCCUGCCGGCGGGCCUGCUGGGCCCCUUCUCCGGGACGCGCGGUCUGCCUACCUUGCAGGCGGCGGCUGGGCCCGUUCUCCAAUAGGGGUGAUCUGUGUACCACACCGGUGGGCCGCUGGGCCCGUUCUCCAAUAGGGUGAUCUGUCUACUGUGCAGGUGGGCCGCUGGGCCUGUUCUCCAGGUCGCAGGUCUGCCUCUGCUCUUUAUCAAGUUUUGCAUAAAAAAAAAAAUUUCUUGUUCUCUUUAAAAUUCUUUGUUUUGAUUAGAAGUCAUACCAAUAAAGAGUAGGUUUCUACAGAUCUCUAACAUCACAUCUCCAUAUAAAGUCUGCUGAGAAGGGUCCAAACAUUUCCAUUCCUCUUCAGAAAAAUCAUUGACCACAUCCCUUAAUGUCAAUGGUUCCACAGUAAAAAUAUUUAAUUAUUUUCCUGUCUUACAUUAUUUCAUAGCACCUUUAUUAAUAACCUCAAGUACUCAGUGCAUGCUGGUGCAGAACAAGUUGCCGCUGCAGGUCAAGGGCACAGGCGCCACCGGCUCCUUCAAGCUCAACCGCAAAACUGCGGCCAGCUAGCAGGGUGCUCUGCGCCUGGGCCUGCAGCGCAGAAGCCCAAGAAGCCGGCAGCAGUGCUGUGCCACGAGGACCCCUGCCCCGUCAAAGGCCCCCACAUCUUUUUUGUACUGGCAUUUGCCUGGAAAGAGCCCUUCCUUCUCCCACUUGGGGCAGCUUACUCUGGCUGGUUUUUUGUAGCUUCUAAUAGUAGUUCCUAAACAGGCAUGCCAGUGCCUCUGCCAAUGGGAAAUGCAACAGCAUGUCCCUUAAACUGCGCCAGAGGGGGAAAUGCAGAUGCUGCAGAGAAGUUUAUUUUGCUGUUCUUUCUUCCAACAAACAAAAUUCCACAGCCUUACCAUGAAAUGAGACUUGGUGAACAAUAAAAAUACAAAUAUUCAGAACCUGGCUAGGUCUGCAGCCUGCCUGACAGUUGCCUUAAUAGUCUAGCAUGUCUAGAGUGAUAACUUUGGGUCUUUAGAUGCUUCUUGACCCAGUCUCUCAUUUACUAAACAUAGAAAUUGAGGCCCAGAGAAAUUCAUUUUUUUCACUUUUCCAAGAUUAUAGAUAAUAAGCCAUACUUUCUAUUGAAAAUGACAUGGUGUUCUGUUCAUAUCUCAUUUUAUAAGUGUAUGCAUAGUGUUCUCCAUCAACAAAUGAUUUUGCUGUAAUGGCAUGUGGUAGGUUGAAAUUCAGAGGUAGACACUAAUAAUGAUAACAUCUUAUGUGAACUGAGCAUUUGGGUUAUGUCGGGCCUGGAAAGAGAUCAAGCACAUAUGAGAUUGCCUCAAGAGAGCAGAAGUCCUUCCAGGUGAGAUAGUAGAAGCCCUCAUGUAUGAAUCAGCAGACCCCCAUAAUUUUGUUCAAUGUGAUUUAUUAAGUGAAAUGACCACCCUUGAAUGUCCAUGGGAAUGAGCCUGUGCAGAACAGAAAGCUUUUAAAUUGGCCUUGCAGAAGAGAGCUGUUGAUGCUGAUGAGUGAUAGGGAUAUCUAGAUGCAUCUCAUGGCACCUUCCUGUGCUGAAAAUAUUCAGGUAAAUCAUGGAAAAUCCCAAGAUUCAAAAACUAUUGCAAGAAGGACAGUCCUUGAAGGGUCCUAAUGUAAAUACUGAUUUAGAAGGACCCGUACUUGUGGGUCAUGACGGGUGCCACUGCUGGGCUUCCCAUGGAUCUGGGGUCAGAGCUGAGAUCUGAAGGCGGCCAUUUAGAACCUGAAAGCUAUCACUCGGAGCUGACACACCUUCACCUCAGUAAGGCACACAUACCAGAUCAUUCUUUAAAUUGACCCUGCAGAAGAGAGCUAUUGACGACAACAGACAAAUGGACAACAUGGUAGGUCCCAGUAACUCUGAGAUUUAGGAUAGAGACAGUAGUGGGUUGACCGAUGUCUCUAUGUGCCCUUGAAUGUCCAUGAUCUAGUUCUAUUCCUCCUGGAGUUUUGUCAUAUGAAAUAUAGGUUGGGGCUUAGCUGCAGAAGGUACCUAGGAAGCCCUCAGACCUCUGCCAUCUUUGAACAAUUUAACUAAUUCAGAAAGCUCAAUGACUAGCACUAGGUUACCCAGAAAUGUGUGGUGGAGUUGAAUUAUUUUGUUAAUUUGGGCAAGUACAUUUUUCUAGGCCUCCAUUGCAUCAACUGUAAGAGAGUUGGGCUGAAUAAAGGAUAUCACCCAACUCUAACCUGUGUUUCUCUCUGAAUAGGAACAUGGUGGAAGAACUUCUGAGAAAGCUCGCAUGGGGCUGUACUUCUCAGAGGCACAAUGCAGUGACCAACUUUUCCUUGUAGAUGCAAGAUGGCUGCUAGUGAUUUUUGUCAGUGAGUCCCUAUACAUGAUACUGAGCAUAGGUUUCUUGACCAGUUCUUCAUCCGAAGAUAGAAUAUGACAAUUUACAUCAUCUGGACACAUUGCUCUCCUAGUGUUCUCUGAACUUGUACCCACCUUCCCCAUCAGAGGAAAUGUAGGCAGGUGGCUUCAUCUCUAGAGAGGUACUGUACUGUGUAGAAAUGUAUUGGACUUCUUUUUUAUGCACCUUUUUUUGAAUCAAUUUCCAAAGUGACAGAAUAAAUUUUCAUGAUUGACAGAUCCAUCAAUUGUAAAGGCAUCAUGUUUUUUUUAAUGAAAUCUUUCUUUUUUCCUUUUGGGGAGGUGGACAUGGGCAUAGCAGGUGUGCUUUGGAUAUAUGUUUAUCUGAAUGCGUAAAAUAAACAUGUUUCUUUGUCAUCAAGCCACUUGUUUUCCUGUAAACGUUCCUUGUUCCUUAAAUAGCUCAAAGGUGUAUUACUUGGUGUGGAAAGUUUCAAAAAUUGGAAAGCAGACAUAAUUUAGCAAAAUAAAUAGAAACCAAUGGACAUUAUAUGAUACAGGGUCAGUGUAGUUGUUUGUAUGUGGCUUAAUCAAACCAAACCAUCAAGUUAAAUUACUGCAAGUUCAUUUGCCUGAACUUUAGAGGGUGGAUUAGGAGCUGCCAGUGGUCACUGUGCAUGAGUGCAGACAGAUGAAAGGGGCUCCAGCAAGUUGGAGGAACAUGUUUUCAUGUAGUCGGAUUUAAGGAUAGUUCAAAAAUCCUUUAAAAUUUUGUCCACAGUUAAAAUUAAUUUCCUCAGUUUUAAUUUGCUGUUCAAACCACAGAGCAGCUAUUUGUUGUUCCAAGGUGGUAGUCUCUUAAAUUCUUUGAUCUGUUUGUUCAUCCUUGAAAGCUAAGGACAAAUUAUGUGAUCUCAAAAUUCUCUUAUAGGUAGUAUUUUUUUUUUUGAAAUUUGUGAAAGUGAUGUGUUGUGGAAAUGGUGUGUCUUACUUGGGAUCUUUUAAAUAAUCUCAUUAUAAAGGGCAAUCAUUAAAUUAUGAUUUUUUUUCCAGAAGAAUAGUUUGAGAGAUUAUUUUCAAUCUUCUCCUCUUCUGUAAUUGAAGGAAGAGAUUUCUUUUCUUAUAUUUUAACCAUGCAAGACCCUGAAUCUGUCACACUGAUCACUAGCCUACAUGAUCUGUUCAUGCACAUCAUUUUUCUUUAUGUCAAAAACCAUGAAAAUAAAUGAGAGUAUGGCAUCAUAAUUUAUGAGUUCCUAAGCCUCACAAUCUUGUACCUAUUUUGUUUUACACUGGUAAAUCCUUCUGUGGGUGGAGUAGGUAAUCACAGAAAAUAAAUGCCAAGCUCACUUAUGUAAUUUUUCAUAAAAAUGUUGAAAUACAAAUUGCCCAGUGAAAAUGUGAUUAAAAGAGGAAAAAAACAAACUAUGGAUUUCAAGGGGGCUGUAGGAAUGCUCAUAGCCUCCUUUAGCCAACAGAGAGAGUGAGAUGACCUCUUAAGUCUUUUUUUUCCUAAUGCCAUUGAAUAUAAAAUGGACAUUAGUUCUGCAAGUUCAGUUUGUUCUGAUUCUUGCUAGUUUUGAGAUAUUUUAUAACCUUGCUCUUCACAGUCUUUGAGCCAGAGUUCUUUUCCCUGGUCCUUGGAGUUCUUGGAUUUCUGGUUUUUUCUGCUGCAUUUCAGGCCUGUGUACACAAAACAGCAAUGUGGCUGUCAGAUUUGUCCCUUGCUACAUGGUAUGGAAGAUGAGCCAGCCAUUAGGUCCCCGCAGCAGGGUCAGAGUUCUGUGGGGACUUCUUAGGGGAUUUCUGGCAAUAUUGUUUUGAUAUUUUAAUUUUGUUCAUGGAGAAGCCAUACCAUUGCAUUUGUUCAUUUAGCAGCACAAACUCUACACAGCUAUUUUGUGUCUUCAGUAAUUUGGAAUGUUUCUAUAUAGAGAGAAACUCAUCAUUUUACCAAGUUCACAUAGAGAGGUGGUCAUAUGACUUGAUGUUCUAGACAAAAGUUAAGGCAACUUCAAGUCUCCUUUAUACCACUGAAAUAUAGGCCCUUUACAUCAUGUAAACUUUUUUACCUUUAUGUUGUAGAUGAAUUGUGGGGGAAGUGAGAGAAGUCAUAAGUUUUUUCUUCUGUAAACAUUUUGGAAUGCAUUUUAAUUUUUUCUAGUUUCCUUCAUUAAAAAAACAGGUAUUAUAACAAAUCUGUCAGAAUUUGUCAG